GCGGCGGCGCGAGGCGGCGACGGGAGCCAUGAAGCUGAACGUGGACGGGCUCCUGGUGCUGUUCCCCUACGAGUUCAUCUACCCCGAGCAGUUCUCCUACAUGCUGGAGCUCAAGCGCACCCUGGACGCCAAGGGCCACGGGGUGCUGGAGAUGCCGUCGGGCACCGGCAAAACGGUGUCGCUGCUGUCGCUGAUCGUCGCCUACCAGCGGGCUCACCCGCUGGACGUCUCCAAGCUGAUCUACUGCUCCCGCACCGUGCCCGAGAUCGAGAAGGUGGUGGAGGAGCUGCGGAAGCUGCUGGAGUGCUACGAGCGGGAGCUGGGGGAGCCGCUGCCCUUCCUGGGGCUGGCGCUGAGCUCCCGCAAGAACCUCUGCGUGCACCCCGAGGUGUCGGCGCUGCGCUUCGGGAAGGAGGUCGACAGCCCGCUGCCUGGCCCUGACGGCCUCGUACCUGCGGGACCCCCCCGAGGGCCCCCGGGCCUCCUGCGCCUUCUUCCAGGAGUUCGAGGCGCGGGGCCGGCAGAGCCCCCUCCCCUUCGGGGUUCACAACCUGGACGAUCUCCGGACCCUCGGCCGCCAGCGCGGCUGCUGCCCCUAUUUCCUGGCCCGCUUCCUCGCUGCCCCUAUUUCCUGGCCCGCUCCUCGCUGCCGCUCGCCAGCGCCGUGGUGUACAGCUACCAUUACCUGCUGGACCCCAAAAUCGCCGGCCUGGUGUCGGCCGAGCUCGCCCGCUCCUCGGUCGUGGUGUUCGACGAGGCCCACAACAUCGACAACGUGUGCAUCGAGGCCAUGGGAGUGACCAUCACCCGCCGGACGCUUGACCGCUGCCAGGCCAACGUGGGCGCCCUGCAGAGCGCCCUGCAGCGGGUGAAGGAGUCGGACUCGCGGCGCCUGGCGGACGAGUACCGGCGCCUGGUGCAGGGGCUGCGCGAGGCCAGCGCCGCCCGCGACUCCGACCUGGUGCUGGCCAACCCCGUGCUGCCCGACGAGAUCCUGCAGGAGGCCGUCCCGGGCAGCAUCCGCACGGCCGAGCACUUCGUGGGCUUCCUGCGGCGCCUGGUGGAGCAUCUGCGGGCGCAGCUGCGGGGGCCCUGCGUGCAGCAGUCAGCCCCCCCCGCCUUCCUGCGGGAGCUGCGCGAGCGCGUCUGCAUCGAGCGCAAACCCCUCCGGUUCUGUGCCGAGCGCCUGCACUCCCUGCUCCGGACCCUCGCCCUCCCCGACGUCGCCGACUUCUCCCCCAUCACCCUCGUGGCCAACUUCGCCACCCUCGUCAGCACCUACAGCAAGGGUGGGGGUCCUGAAACGCCCAAAAAAACCCCAAAAAUACCCCAAAACCAGCCCUGAGCCCUCGUCAGCACCUACAGCAAGGGUGGGGGUCCUGA